AUGUCCUCUAAACGCGAGCUGUCGGAUGUCGACGAAGGCGAAAUCUCAGAACCGGACCCCAAACGGACAAAGAAACAAACCGGCGCCAUGCCCCGACACCAACACCAAAACUCGUCCAUAGAUCCAACAUGGGGGCAAAAAUACGUUUUUUCAAGUCUAGAAGAUGCGACAACCAUCCCCUACGGCGAGGAGUCGGACUUUGAGGACGACUCUGACGCCAUGGCCUAUCUCUUAUCUGUCAGAAAAGAGGCGUAUGAUAUUCCGCAUUUGCUCGUCGCGCCAAAAGUUCAAAUCGGGCCUCAGUUCCCACCCGAGCUACAACAAGACGAUGAAGGCCAGGUCGAUCGAAACAUCUAUAAUACUGGGGCAGGCGAUGAUCCCAGAGGAUACUACGACGACGGAGCAUACAUUGCGAUGCCAGAGGAUGACGAAGACGAGCAAACGGGCCAAGCGGUCCAUGGCUAUCGCAAUGAUGAAAGAGAGCUUCACGAAGCAUACUUCUCCUCAGUAGUGGCCCGAUAUAAUCAUCUUCGCCAGAUGUUACACUCAACUCCACCCCCGGACGCCGCCAAGAGACUAUCCUCGACACAAGAAACGUACGCCGCACCAUUUGGCCGCGAUUCCACCACCAACAAAACAUGGGCAAAUAUCAUGCGCAACACUGACCCCCACCCGCUGCAGCUAGCACUCAUGUCGAAAGAAACCGUAAUCCGCAUCCUACGCGUACUUAUAGGUGGCACAUUCUUACGGAGGGGCCACACUCUGUCCGAACGAACGAGCCAGUGGCUCUGGGGGUUGCUUGCACGACUACCAGAUCGAGGGGAACUCAACCACACCGAGAUAGGCUGGGUGCGGGACCUCGGUAGGCGCGCAGUCCUCCUCAGCAGGAGUUUGGCCGAGAUGGCAGCACUGCGGGAUGAGCUCGCAGACGGAGAGCUAGGCGUGAACGAGGGCGUUGAUGCGAGUAGCAGCGAUGAGGAUGUGGUGGGAACUGAUGCCGACGAUGUAGAGAGCACAGAUAGCCCGGGUGAGAAUGAUGGCCCCGCGGAAGACUUGAACCAGGAAAGUGUUGCCGGAGACGAGGCAGAUAAAGGGGAUCCAGGGGUAAACUCAACUCUGGAAGGCAGUGCGACAGGCAACAGAGACGAGGACGAAGAGGGCGAGAUCCAGGAGUCUGAGACCGGGGACGUAGCCAUGGACUUGGACUCGGACUCGGACAGCGACCAAGGCGGCGCCGUCGAUGAAAGUCUCGAAGCUGCCAAACGAGAGUUGCUAGCGCGCCUGGAUGCGUCGGAUGCGGAGCAGGAACUCGAUACCCAGGAAGACAACGCUACGCUGCGACUACGCAUGAACAUGCGCGCGACGCUGAACAUGAUAUUGACUGUUGCGGGAGAAUUCUACGGCCAGCGAGAUUUGCUGGAGUUUCGGGAGCCAUUUGUAGGUAUGUAG